AUGCAAAAAUCUCCGACAGUAGCUAUUAUUGGUGGUGGUAUAGCUGGACUUGUUUCAGCUUAUUAUCUUGCUCAAAAAGCAACACUUUCAAAAAUUCCUCAUUUACGUAUACUACUUCUUGAAAGAUCAUCACGUUUUGGUGGUUGGAUAAGAUCUGAACAACUUCCAACAAAAUAUGAUUCACAUAUAUUUGAACUUGGUGCACGAACAUUACGAUUACAAAGUGGUGUUGCUUCUUUAAGUAGUCAUUCAGCUAUAAAUACAUUAAAAUUACUUGAACAAUUAAAUAUAUUUGAUAGUCAAUUUUGUCCAAUUGAUAAAACAGCUCCAGCUAAUAAAAAUAAACUUAUUUAUUAUAAUAAAAAUUUAGUUAAUUUAAAUGAUUUAUCAUUUAUAUAUGGUGGAAAACCAUUACGUUAUCCACCUAUUGUCUAUGGUCUAUAUGAAUAUUUUUCACAAAAAGGACGAUAUGCGGUUCAAGACGAAAGUAUCAAAUCAUUUAUUUAUCGUCGUUUUGGUGAUGUUCUCGGUGAAGAAAUUGUUGAAUAUCUAUUAGAUCCAGUUUUAAAAGGUAUAUAUGCUGGUAGUGUAACAAAUUUAAGUGCUCGAAGUGUAUUAAAAAAAGUAUUUGAACUUGAACAACGUCAUGGUUCAUUAUUACGUGGUAUGUUAAAGACAAGAAAUAAUAAACAAAAAGAAGAUCCCAUACAUAAUCUUUUUAAUGAUUUAAAUUUAAAAGAUUAUUCAUCAAUAUUAAAUAAAUAUGCAAUUUAUUAUUUAAAAGAUGGAAUGGAAAUGCUUGUAAAAACAUUAGUUGAUCAUUUAAAAUCAUUAUCAAAUGUUGAAUUAAUAUCUAAUCAACAUAUUCAAAAAAUUAAAUUUUUAGAAAAUAAUGUUGAAAUUUCAACACGAUCAAAUGAAAUCUAUUCAGUUGAUCAUUUAAUUAGUGCAAUGCCAUCGUUUGAAUUAGCUAAUCUUCUUGACGAUAAACAACAUGAAAUUUUACGAUCAAGAUUAAAUCAAAUAUCAUUUGUUAAUAUGAUUGUUAUUAAUUUACUUUAUUUAAAAGAAAAUAUUUUUCCAAAAGAAGCUUUUGGUUAUUUGAUUCCAUCACGUGAACAAUCAAAUUUACUUGGAGUUCUAUUUGAUUCAUGUAUACGACAUACAACUGAUAAACAAAAACAUGGAUCACAAUUAACUGUUAUGAUGGGUGGAGCAUGGUAUGAUCAAUUAAGAUUAGGACAAUGUACAGAUGAACAAUUAUUGGAUAUCGUUACAAAAGAAUUAAAAAAACAAAUGAAUUUAGAUGAAAAACCAUUAGUUUAUUCAAUAGGAAGAUUAAAUAAAGCAAUACCAAAUUACAAUGUUGGACAUCAAGAUGUUCUUGAUGAUAUUUAUGCUAUUAUACGACGUGAUAAAUUACCAUUAACACUUGUUGGAAAUUCAUAUCGUGGUGUUGGCAUUAGUGAUGUAAUUUAUGAUACUCGAGUUGAAAUGGAAUAUCUUAAUUUAAACUCUACAGAAGCAAAACAGUGA